AUGCUGGGUAAGUAUGCUAUGAUACUGUAUGAACACUUUUUGAUAAAUAAACUAAACGGUAGUAUUUCAGAUGGACAUGUGACAUGGAUAACUAUUCCAUUUACUCAAUGUAUAUAAUCUCCAUAAUAUUUUUAUUUUAUUGAUUUCAAGGAUACUUCGGUAUCGCUCCUUUGGACAAGUGAUUUGGAUUGGGGUAAGAGGGAGUUUAUUUCUUAGAGUACAACCAUAGAUUCAUUCUGUGUCCAAUCGUCAUGAUCCGUUUGGAAAUAGGAUGGAGAUAAUUGCAGAUUAUAUGGAGUGAAUAGUGAAUGUUUAUCAGGCUGGAGAAGAGCUAUAAUUCAAAUGACAAAUAUAGUCGAGGUCUGAGUAGUAAUGAGAUUGACCAGAGCCUGUGUUUAGGUCUCCCCUGUCCAUAUUAUCUUAUUCAUUAGGAUCGGAAAGGCAAACGUGAUCCUAGAUCAGAAUAACCUCCAAAUAGUGAUUGUAAUGCAACAUUCGUUCCCUGUAUUUCAGACCUCAUCCAUAGUGUUCACCUGAGAGGCUCCUUCAUGGUCACUAGAGCUGCCUGGAACCACAUGAAGAACCAGAAGUUUGGGAGGUAAUGUACAGUAAAGGUCAAGGGUCAGACCCAGCACCAUGGUGUCUAUGUAAAAGAAAGUAGAGCAGACUCCUCUGCUGAAUUCCAAAUCGCCCCCUACUCGAUAGGCAUAAGCAACAUGGUAAUUGCUUAAUCUUACCUUCUGAUAGCUUGGUUUGAAUUCUCACCAUAUUGCUGUCACCUAUUCAAACAGGUGCCUAUGGGUUGAUUAGCGAUUCAGAAAGCAAUUAGGCAAGGACAGGUGCAGAGUACAGUCGUGGUCAAAAGUUUUGAGAAUGACAAAAGUAUUGGUCUUUAAUAAGUUCGCUGCUUCAGUGUUAUGAGAUAUUUUUGUCAGAUGUUACUAUGGUAUACUGAAGUAUAAUUACAAGCAUUCCAUAAGUGUCAAAGGCUUUUAUUGACAAUUACAUUAAGUUUAUGCAAAGAGUCAAUAUUUGCAGUGUUGACCCUUCUUUUUCAAGACCUCUGCAAUCCGCCCUGGCAUGCUGUCAAUUAACUUCUGGGCCACAUCCUGACUGAUGGCAGCCCAUUCUUGCAUAAUCAAUGCUUGGAGUUUGUGGGUUUUUGUUUGUCCACCCGCCUCUUGAGGAUCGACCACAAGUUCUCAAUGGGAUUAAGGUCUGGGGAGUUUCCUGGCCAUGGACCCAAAAUGUCGAUGUUUUGUUCCCCGAGCCACUUAGUUAUCACUUUUGCCUUAUGGCAAGGUGCUCCAUCAUGCUGGAAAAGGCAUUGGUCGUCACCAAACUGUUCUUGGAUGGUUGGGAAAAGUUGCUCUCGAAGGAUGUGUUGGUACCAUUCUUUAUUCAUGGCUGUGUUCUUAGGCAAAAUUGUGAGUGAGCCCACUCCCUUGGCUGAGAAGCAACCCCACACAUGAAUGGUCUCAGGAUGCUUUACUGUUGGCAUGACACAGGACUGAUGGUAGCGCUCACCUUGUCUUCUCCGGACAAGGUGUUUUCCGGAUGCCCCAAACAAUCGGAAAGGGGAUUAAUCAGAGAAAAUGACUUUACCCCAGUCCUCAGCAGUCCAAUCCCUGUACCUUUUUCAGAAUAUCAGUCUGUCCCUGAUGUUUUGCCUGGAGAGAAGUGGCUUCUUUGCUGCCCUUCUUGACACCAGGCCACCCGGCAAAAGUCUUCGCCUCACUGUGCGUGCAGAUGCACUCACACCUGCCUGAUGCCAUUCCUGAGCAAGCUCUGCACUGGUGGUGCCCCGAGACGGCGCUUGCUGGACUUUCUUGGGCGCCCUGACGCCUUCUUCACAACAAUUGAACCUCUCUCCUUGAAGUUCUUGAUGAUCCGAUAAAUGGAUGAUUUAGGUGCAAUCUUACUAGCAGCAAUAUCCUUGCCUGUGAAGCCCUUUUUGUGCAAAGCAAUGAUGAUGGCACGUGUUUCCUUGCAGGUAACCAUGGUCAAUAGAGGAAGAACAAUGAUUUCAAGCACCACCCUCCUUUUAAAGCUUCCAGUCUGUUAUUCUAACUCAAUCAGCAUGACAGAGUGAUCUCCAGCCUUGUCCUCGCAACACUCUCACCUGUGUUAACGAGAGGAUCACUGACAUGAUGACAGCUGGUCCUUUUGUGGCAGGGCUGAAAUGCAGUGGAAAUGUUUUUUGGGGAUUAAGUUAAUUUUCUUUGCAAUUUAAUUGCAAUUCAUCUGAUCACUCUUCAUAACAUUCUGGAGUAUAUGCAAAUUGCCAUCAUCAAAACUGAGGCAGCAGACUUUGUGAAAAUUAGUAUUUGUGUCAUUCUCAAAACUUUUGACCACGACUGUAUAGAGCAGGGCUAGGCAACCCUUGUCCUGGAGUGCCGCAGGCACUUACUGUUUAUGAUUUAACCGACCUGGAAGACCAGGUGUGUUGAAUUUAGGCAAUCACUGAACUGAUCAAUUAGCUCAGUUGGUCAGGGCGGCGUUCAGUACAUAAAAACGCAAUAGAACGUUCAAUUGAACGGAAACGGUGUUGUACUGAACGACCAGUUGAAAAACGGGGAGGGGUUGGGUUGUGGGUUCAAAAUGCACUGCUGCCCUUUAAAUAUGUCACUCAUUGCUUCAAGCCACACCCCGGCACACCCACCGAACAGCGCAAAUGUAUCUCAGUGUGUUCAAAAACAUACAAGAACGUUUUGGGAAAACGUGUCGUUCAGUACAAACCGUUCCGUAAAGUAGCAAUUGUUCAAGCAAACUGAACGCACCCCUAGUGUGGUACCUGCGGUACUCCAGAAAUAAGGUUGCCUAUAGAGCAUGGAUUUGUACAUCUGUUGCAGGUUUUAGCACAGGUGGGCCCUUCCUUUAAGGAUUCAUAUAGCAAAAUCCAUCCUUAUGUUCCCCUUUGAUUUGCAGCAAUGGAACCAAGAAUGAGUGACAAAAUCACCCUAAAAAUGUCCUUCAAAUGUUUUGUUUGUGGUCGUUGUUGGCUGUUGGCAGGCAGUGAAGCGGUCUGAUUUCUUUACAGUUGCUGUGUCAUAUUGGGUUUUCUUGUUAUUGCUGCGCGACUGCACCAGCCAUGGCACAUUGAUUCAACACUGUCGCACUGAAUUAAACUGACGUUUCACGGUGCCCUGUCUGUGCCCAGGAUCAUCAUGACAUCAUCGGCUGCUGGCAUCUAUGGCAAUUUUGGGCAGGCGAACUACAGCACGGCUAAGCUGGGACUGGCCAACACCCUGGCCAUCGAGGGUCAAAAGUACAAUAUCCACUGCAACACCAUCGCCCCGAAUGCGGGCUCACGCCUCACAGAGACUGUUAUGCCCCCAGGUCAGUGGAGUCGCUGAGAAACGGCUCUAAACAGGCUGAGCAGCACACAUUACUGUGUCAUCUUAUUAAGGCUCAAUGAUUUGAGUUGAUCUGUUGCAUAAUGGUGCAAUAUUACAUGUAAUAUUGUCAUGUGUUACAUUUAAUAUCGACAUGUAAAUGUGAUACUUGAAGUCACCUGCUAUUGUCAAACAAAUGCACACACAAACUGAGUAAACAGAGAUUAAUCAAUCAUACGCUCUGAAAAAUGACCUUGUUGAUUUGUGGAUUGGGCAUUUACUGAGGCGUCGUAGAUUGCUUUUGAUGCCUCUGCUUGGCAGACUGGCAUCUGUGAUUUUCUUCUCUGGCAUCUGCCACAUGACGACCUUUUAUACCCAGUAUGAAAGUCGAGUGUGAUAUUGUCCCAUAUGUCAGUAACCUUGAUUUCCCUAGGGUUUAAGAGACAGAUUCAAUAAAACAAUGUUUGAUAUCAAAGCAAAGGGCUGGUUUAUCAUCAUGAUUUUUAUACUCUUCCAUGUCAUAAUUAUUAGCAAUUAACUACUAAACUUUUUCUGUCGUAGAUCUCUUGGAGUCCUUGAAAGCCGAAUACGUUUCCCUCUUGUUCUAUGGCUUUCUCAUGAGCAGUGUCAAGAAAAUGGAGGCCUGUUUGAGGUUUGUAAGAGAAAUGUAUCACAUGUUCACUACGCCUUUUAAACAGUAUCGUCUUACUCUGAAUGUUUACUGAUUUAAAUAUUUUCAUGUUCUCUCCCUGUUCAGGUUGGGGCUGGCUGGAUUAGAAAAUGUAAGUAGAAUUUAUUAUUCUCAUUUGGGAGUAUUUGCACCGUUCUACGAUAUUCGAUUUCCACAAAUGUGUGUGUGUGUGUGUUGCGAUGGGAGCGUUCGCAGGGCCGCAUCCUGAGGCACAAGAACCAGGGCAUGUCUCCUAAGGCAGUGCGAGACCAGUGGGACAACGUCUGUGACUUCACCAAUGCCACCAAACCUGCCAACAUCAAUGGUAACAAAGUCAUGCAGCCCUACGCUGGCAUAUUUUGCCAGAUAUGUUACUGAUAAUCGCCAUUGACUAAUACACAGAUAUUUUGAAUUCAAACCAACAGACGUUUUUUCAAACAAUAGUGCAAAAUGCAGAAAAUGAAUAGGUAGAUUUAAAUCAAACAUCUGAAUAAUAUUCCACCUGCAGUGAAUGCCAGAACUCUUUUGAUGUUGUAACCAUUGAGGCACUGUACUGAAACGGAUUUCAUGGGAGAAAGUCCAAGUCCUAAACAGUAUGCUGAAGUGUAAACAAAGAUAGAGGAGCAUCAGGGCACAAACCUAUGAGAGAAAAGAGAAAACAAGCUAGCUUUCCAGUGAACAAACACAUUGGCUUGUGCUGCUAUGACACGGAAUGUAAAUUCCUCCACCACCAGUUUCCCCCGCUCUUGAACAAAGAGAAAAGUACAGUAUCUAGCGGUGCGCCUUAGGGGUCAGGCAGAGACGAGAACAUGGCAAGUGUUCAUCAAUAUUCUCUCCUCCCUCCCUCGGCUUGCCCUUGGAUGUGCAGCAGCAGCAUGGGGGUGGCAGUCUCCGGAGGAACGCCUCAUUACCAUUUAAAAAAUAUAUAUUUAACCAGGUAAGCCAGUUGAGAACAAGUUCUCAUUUACAACUGCGACCUGGCCAAGAUAAAGCAAAGCAGUGCGAUAAAAACAACAACACAGAGUUACAUAUGGAAUAAACAAAAACAGAGAGUCAAUAACACAAUAGAAAAUAGAAAAUCUAUAUACAGUGUGUGCAAAUGUAGUAAGUUAUGGAGGUAAGGCAAUAAAUAGGCCAUAGUGCAAAAUAAUUACAAUUUAGUAUUAACACUGGAGUGAUAUAUGUGCAGAAGAUGAUGUGCAAAUAGAGAUACUGGGGUGCAAAUGAGCAAAUAAAUAACAAUGUAAAUAACAAUAUGGGGAUGAGGUAGUUGGGUGGGCUAAUUACAGAUGGGCUGUGUACAGGUACAGUGGUCGGUAAGCUGCUCUGACAACUGAUGCUUAAAGUUAAUGAGGGAGAUAAGUGUCUCCAGCUUCAGAUAUUUUUGUAGUUCGUUCCAGUCAUUUGCAGCAGAGAACUAGAAGGAAUGGCGGCCAAAGUAGGUGUUGGCUUUGGGGAUGACCAGUGAGAUAUACCUGCUGGAGCGCAUACUACGGGUGGGUGUUGCUAUGGUGACCAAUGAGCUAAUAUAAGGCGGGGAUUUGCCUAGAAGUGAUUUAUAGAUGACCUGGAGCCAGUGGGUUUGGCGACAAAUAUGUAGUGAGGGCCAGCCAACGAGAGCGUACAGGUCACAAUAGCGGGUAGUAUAUGGGGCAUUGGUGACAAAACGAAUGGCACUGUAAUAGACUACAUCCAAUUUGCUGAGUUGAGUGUUGGAAGCUAUUUUGUAAAUGACAUCGCCGAAGUCAAGGAUCGGUAGGAUAGUCAGUUUUACGAGGGCAUGUUUAGCAGCAUGAGUGAAGGAGGCUUUGUUGCGAAACAGGAAGCCGAUUCUAGAUUUAACUUUGGAUUGGAGAUGCUUCAUGUGAGUCUGGAAGGAGAGUUUAUGGUCUAACCAGACAUCUAGGUAUUUGUUGUUGUCCACAUAUUCUAAGUCAGACCCGCCGAGAGUAGUGAUUCUAGUCGGGCGGGCGGGUGCAAGCAGCAUUCGAUUGAAGAGCAUGCAUUUAGUUUUACUAGGGUUUAAGAGCAGUUGGAGGCCACAGAAGGAGGCCAGAUGUAUACAAAAUGGUGUCGUCUGCAUCUGAGAGUCACCAGCAGCAAGAGCAACAUCAUUGAUAUACACAGAGAAUAGAGUUGGCCCGAGAAUUUAACCCUGUGGCACCCCCAUAGAGACUGCCAGAGGUCCAGACAACAGGCCCUCCGAUUUGACACAUUGAACUCUAUCUGAAAAGUAGUUGGUGAACCAGGCGAGGCAGUCAGUUGAGAAACCAAGGCUAUUUAGUCUGCCAAUAAGAAUGCAGUGAUUGUCAGAGUCAAAAGCCUUGGCCAGGUCGAUGAAGACGGCUGCACAGUACUGUCUUUUAUCAAUCGCGGUUAUUAUAUUGUUUAGGACCUUGAGCAUGGCUGAGGUGCACCCAUGACCAGCUCAGAAACCAGAUUGCAUAGCGGAGAAGGUACGGUGGGAUUCGAAGUGGUCGGUGAUCUGUUUGUUAACUUGGCCUUCAAAUACUUUUGAAUGGCAGGGUAGGAUGGAUAUAGGUCUGUAACAGUUUGGAUCUAGAGUGUCACCCCCUUUGAAGAGGGGGAUGACCGCGGCAGCUUUCCAAUCUCUGGGGAUCUCAGACGAUACGAAAGAGAGGUUGAACAGGCUAGUAAUAGGGGUUGUGACAAUUUCGGCUGCUAAUUUUAGAAAGAAAGGGUCCAGAUUGUCUAGCCCAGCUGAUGUGUAGGGGUCCAGAUUUUGCAGCUCUUUCAGGACAUCAGCUAUCUGAAUUUGGGUGAAGGAGAAGCGGGAGGGGGGGGGGGGGGGGGGGGCAUGGGCAAGUUGCAGUUGAGGGUGCAGAGCUGGUGGCCGGGGUAGGGGUAGCCAGGUGGAAAGCAUGGCUAGCCGUAGCAAAAUGCUUAUUGAAAUUAUCGUAGAUUUAUCGGUGGUGACAGUGUUUCCUAGCCUCAGUGCAGUGGGUAGCUGGGAGGAGGUGCUUUUAUUCUCCAUGGACUUUACAGUGUCCCAAAACCUUUUGGAGUUAGUGCUACAGGAUGCACAUUUCUGUUUGAAAAAGCUAGCCUUUGCUUUCCUAACUGAUUGUGUAUAUUGGUUCCUGACUUCCCUGAAAAGUUGCAUAUCGUGGGGGCUGUUCGAUGCUAAUGCGGUACGCCACAGGAUGUUUUUGUGCUGGUCAAGGGCAGUCAAGUCUGGGGUGAACCAGGGGCUAUAUCUGUUCUUAGUUCUGAAUUUUUUGAAUGGGACAUGCUUAUUUAAGAUGGAGAGGAAAGCACUUUUGAAGAACAUCCAGGCAUCCUCUACUGACGGAAUGAGGUCAAUAUCCAUCCAGGAUACCCGGGCCAGGUCAAUUAGAAAGGCCUGCUCGCUGAAGUGUUUUAGGGAGCGUUUGACAGUGAUGAGGUGUGGUCGUUUGACCGUUGACCCAUUACGGACGCAGGCAAUGAGGCAGUGAUUGCUGAGAUCCUGGUUGAAGACAGCGGAGGUGUAUUUAGAGGGUAAAUUAGUCAGGAUGAUAUCUAUGAGGGUGCCCAUGUUUACGGAUUUAGGGUUGUACCUGGUAGGUUCCUUGAUAAUUUGUGUGAGAUUGAGGGCAUCUAGUUUAGAUUGUAGGACGGCCGGGGUGUUAAGCAUAUCCCAGUUUAGGUCACCAAGCAGUACAAACUCUGAGGAUAGAUGGGGGGCAAGCAAUUCACAUAUGGUGUCCAGGGCAGAACUGGGGGCUGAGGGGUGUCUGUAGCAAGCGGCAACAGUGAGAGACUUAUUUCUGGAAAGGUGGAUUUUUAGAAGUAGAAGCUCCAACUGUUUGGGCACAGACUUGGAUAGUAUGAUAGAGCUCUGCAGGCCAUCUCUCAUGACUUUGUAGUGCUCCUUAUUUGUGCCUUUUUACAGUGAGGGGAAAAAAGUAUUUUAUCCCCUGCUGAUUUUGUACGUUUGCCCACUGACAAAGAAAUUAUCAGUCUAUAAUUUUAAUGGUAGGUUUAUUUGAACAGUGAGAGACAGAAUAACAACAUGUCAAAAAUGUUAUAAAUUGAUUUGCAGUUUAAUGAGGGAAAUAAGUAUUUGACCCCUUCUCAAUCAGAAAGAUUUCUGGCUCUCAGGUGUCUUUUAUACAGGUAACGAGCUGAGAUUAGGAGCACACUCUUAAAGGGAGUGCUCCUAAUCUCAGCUUGUUACCUGUAUAAAAGACACCUGUCCACAGAAGCAAUCAAUCAAUCAGAUUCCAAACUCUCCACCAUGGCCAAGACCAAAGAGCUCUCCAAGGAUGUCAGGGACAAGAUUGUAGACCUACACAAGGCUGGAAUGGGCUACAAGACCAUCACCAAGCAGCUUGUUGAGAAGGUGACAACAGUUGGUGCGAUUAUUUGCAAAUGGAAGAAACACAAAAGAACUGUCACUCCCUCGGCCUGGGGCUCCAUGCAAGAUCUCACCUAGUGGAGUUGCAAUGAUCAUGAGAACGGUGAGGAAUCAGCCCAGAACUACACGGGAGGAUCUUGUCAAUGAUCUCAAGGCAGCUGGGACCAUAGUCACCAAGAAAACAAUUUGCAACGCACUACGCCGUGAAGGACUGAAAUCCUGCAGCGCCCGCAAGGUCCCCCUGCUCAAGAAAGCACAUAUACAGGGCCGUCUGAAGUUUGCCAAUGAACAUCUGAAUGAUUCAGAGGAGAACUGGGUGAAAGUGUUGUGGUCAGAUGAGACCAAAAUUGAGCUCUUUGGCAUCAACUCAACUCGCCGUGUUUGGAGGAGGAAGAAUGCUGCCUAUGACCCCAAGAACACCAUCCCCACCGUCAAACAUGGAGGCGGAAACAUUAUGCUUUGGGGGUGUUUUUCUGCUAAGGGGACAGGACAACUUCACUGCAUCAAAGGGACGAUGGACGGGGCCAUGUACUGUCAAAUCUUGGGUGAGAACCUCCUUCCCUCUGCCAGGGCAUUGAAAAUGGGUUGUGGAUGGGUAUUCCAGCCUGACAAUGACCCGAAACACACGGCCAAGGCAACAAAGGAGUGGCUCAAGAAGAAGCACAUUAAGUUCCUGGGGUGACCUAGCCACUCUACAGACCUUAAUCCCAUAGAAAAUCUGUGGAGGGAGCUGAAGGUUCGAGUUGCCAAAGGUCAGGCUCGAAACCUUAAUGACUUGGAGAAGAUCUGCAAAGAGAAGUGGGACAAAUCCCUCCUGAGAUGUGUGCAAACCUGGUGGCCAACUACAAGAAACGUCUGACCUCUGUGAUUGCCAAGAAGGGUUUUUUGCCACCAAGUACUAAGUCAUGUUUUGCAGAGGGGUCAAAUACUUAUUUCCCUCAUUAAAAUGCAAAUCAAUUUAUAACAUUUUUUACAUGUAUUUUUCUGGAUUUUUUUGUUGUUAUUCUGUCUCUCACUGUUCAAAUAAACCUACCAUUAAAAUUAUAGACUGAUCAUUUCUUUGUCAGUGGGCAAACGUACAAAAUCAGCAGGGGAUCAAAUACUUUUUUCCCUCACUGUAUAAGAGGACCUUGUUCUAUAACAUCCUUAUUGAGUGACUGUAAUUAGUCUCCUCUCUUCCCUGUUAAGAGUCUGGCCACGUUGGUGGAGGUGCUGUCAAGAGUGGAGACUGAUGAGGUAAUCGUCCCUAACCCCACCAGCGCUAUUGCCGCCACUGCUGCAUCCGGGAUCAGUCCUUUGAGUGGAGAGGUCAACCGUACUGGGCUGGAAUUAAGUGACAUCGUGCCUGUUGGUGACAGAUGGCCCCAUAAUCUGUGGUCUCCUACUGUGGACCAAUGUCUUCAAAGACAUAUGUUUGCCUGUUUGGAGUGUCUUUGUGAAGCCAAGUCAAACUAUCCCUGGCUGAUGUCAGUCAGUGUGUCCUCAGCUGGCCUACAGGACCUGGUUCUGUCUAAAGGCAAUGAUGAGUAACAUACUGUGCUGAUUAUAGCUGUGCUUCCCCUUCAGAUGGAGGCGGUGGGACAGAAGCUUCCGGAGUUAUUAUUCAGCUACUCCCACGCUCAGUGCAUCCUGUAUGCCCUGGGAGUGGGCCUGUCCACCAAGGAUGACAACCACCUCAAGUUCCUGUAUGAGGGCCAUGAGGACUUCAGCUGUCUGCCUACCUUCGGUGUCAUCCCCUCCCAGGCGGCCAUGAUGGACGGAGGGCUGGGCUCUGUGCCUGGACUCACCAGGGUCAAAGCUCCAGGAAACACUCAUGCAACACAGUAUUGGCAAUCUAUUGGUUUAACACAUUUAAUAGCAUUUAUAGUGUUGCUGUUCGCACACAGUUCAUUCAGUGGGUACAUCAUGCAUUUUGAUAGCUUAAAAUGUUCUAUUACUUGAAACGGAAUGGGAAAUACUAACUGAAACCGCUAUUGUAAAUAUCUAUUAACUCACCUUUGUUCGUUCUGAUAUUGUCACUCUCUCGCAGGUGUUGCAUGGAGAGCAGUAUCUGGAGCUUUUCAAACCAUUACCCACCUCGGGUAUGUGCACCCAUUACAGAUUCUAAGUAUCUCUGAGCACAACAUCAUUUUCUGCUGACAAAAGCCUGUGAUUUGAAAUAGUUUUGUCUGCAUUUGCAGGAAAACUGACCUCAGGCCACAAUCGCAGACGUGUUAGACAAAGGAUCUGGAGCAGUCAUUCUCCUGGAUGGUUAGUUGUUUUACUCUUCCCUUUCCCUGAUAAUUAAAGUGAAACAAUUGUGUUGAGCUUUUGUUGAGGUAUAUUAUGAGAAUUACAAUUUUUGGUUGAUGUUUCAUUAGAUGAGCAGAGAAAUGACUCUGUGGUAUUAAUUAAACAAAUAGCGGAGGAACUUAAGAAUUAGAAAUACACCUGAUAUUGAAUCGAGGUAAUUAAACACAUGCAGUCUAAAGAUUCUUUCAGAAAAAGCUGAAAUAAUAUUUUCAUAGCUAAUGUCUUUCUCCACAGUCCACACGUACAGUGGGAAAGAGUUGGUGUGCUACAAACAGUACUCGCUGUUCAUCAUGGCUUUGGAGGAAAAAUAACAUCUGAUAAAGCAAUGGUAACUCUUCUGUGACAUUUCAGAAGUACCAUUAUUUAUCUAGAACAAAAUGGUUGACACCUACCAUCUUCUUUAAACCUAAUGUCUCUUUCAGCGCAGUGGCACCUCCAAACAGAGCCCCUGAUGCUGUUAUGACCGACACCACAACAAGGAACCAGGUGUGUAUUUAUUUAUAUAUGUUUGGGUCUUCUAUCUAAGGUAUACACUGAGAAGAUGAAGUACUAUUAGAACCCCGGCCAAAUGUUAUGAUAUUUCAAAAGAUGAAGCAUCAAACAAGUGGCCAUAUUGGCUAGAUAUGGGCCCUAAAUCUCAUCAGUAUCAUCACUGUAGUAUAUUUCUAAACGUAGGAUAUUUCUAAACCGAGUGACAUGACAUUGAAUACAUGCUUUCAGGCUGCCUUGUAUCAUCUGAGUGGGGACUGGAACCCCCUCCACAUAGACCCCAGCUUUGCUGCAAUGGGAGGUGAGACUUCUAGCCUGGUUUCAGAUCUGUUCCAGAUCAAGAAGUUGACAUGAUAGCAGAAUCAGAUCUGGGACCAUUCUAUGUGUCUUUAUAUAUCCAAGUCAUAAAACACCGCACAGUGUUGUGCAUGAUAUUGUAUUUUCAUCAUAAAGGAUUCAAAUCCCCUAUUCUGCAUGGCCUUUGCUCCUUUGGGUUCGCGGCUAGACAAGUGCUGAAACAGUAUGCCAAGAAUGAUGCCUCCAGAUUCAAGUCCAUCAAGGUGAAGAAGCAUGAUUUUGGCAGUAACAGUUCCCUAUAUCUUUUUAGUAAAAUAGAGUUAAACAGGUCUACUAUCUUAAAGGACCACCCCAGAGGAAGUUGCCGCCACUAUUUUGAUGUAAUUUCCUGUCCUAGAGAGGAAAUGCACAUUUAAGUUCCACCUCCAAAGAAUGAAGAACCCUACUUAUACAUAUUCACGAAUUGGGUGUGAGAAUAUUCAACGUGGAGUUAGUAAACAUCAACAAAUAGAGCACUGACAGAUGUCAGUGUAGCUAGCUAGCAUGCUAACCUUAUCUAGCUAGCAUGCUAAACUUAUCUAGCUAGCUUAUGUUAUCUGUUGUUUUUUAAAAUUCAAAAUAAUAAUAAAAAGAUUAGCCGGCUGGUUCUGCAGCUGGAUUUUUCAUAAGCAUUGAUUUAGGGAAAACUUUUCCACAGAUGGAAACCACUGGCCUAUCUUUGACUUUGCCAUCUAUCGUUAAUUGCAGACGCAAAUCUACAAUAUAAAUAGUUCGAAAGAAUAAGAUGAAGCUCCGGUAAUAUGGAUAACUAUUGAAAGAUGGCUGAUAUGCGGUUUUCUACAUUUUAAUAGACACGGUGCAACCUUUUGUAUGUAGGCUGCUGAUAGGCUUCAGGUCCGGUACAGCAAAGCCAAGUCAGCCUGUGCUCAUGGUUCUCACAGGGGAAGUGAAAUGAUAGGCUACAAUGACUUUUUUCAUGAUCAUGCACGCCAUAAAUUGCAUGUAACUAACUAUAAGUUCCUUUAAUUUUAUUUUGCAGAUGCCUUUUCAUUAUCUGGAUAGACACUUGUGGUUUCUUGCUAACGUUACACCAAUCAAAGCAGUGUGUAGUGAAGCAAAACUUUAGAGGUCAAAACCAUUAAUCUUGGGGCGACAGGGGGAGCGGGUUUGCAAAAUUCUAUCACGCAAUUAUACCACAUAUAUAUAUUUUGUACAGACUAGCUCAAAAAUACGUGAAAAUGUACAAAUUAUCCAAUGGAUUUUCGAGUACAUUUUCUGGUUUUAAUUUGCUCCAUGACUCAGAUAGCCAAGUGGACACAAGGCGGUUUGGCUAAUUUAAUUUGCGAAGAGCAAUAACUUUGCAGCUGUUUCUGAUUGUAAUAAACAAUGCCAUGGGUGGUAACAUUCAAAUAAACCCCAGAAACUAAACGUAGGCUGAAAAUAAUGAUUUGUAUGUCAUAGGAAAUGACACUGCAUUCACACGGAUUUGCACAAAAUGGGCAGUUUGGAUUCGUCACUUCAAGACCAAAUAUAUCAUACUUUUGACUAAAACAAUGACUUAUUGACUUAAAUCACUGUGCAACAUCAUGGGUAAGCUCUGGCCAUUGUCUUUCACCUCAAAAAAGUGGAUUUCUACUGGUGUGGGCGUUUUAAUUUGAUGACUCUGUCGCAGAGAAUUUUCCAGGGCAGCAGGAAAUGCAAAUUGUGGUGGAUUUGAGGUUUUAAAAGGCUUCUAAAGUUUGUACUUUCCACGUCAGACUUGAUUUAUCCUAAGUAAAAAUGUAUCUUCAGAGUGAGGUAGUGUUUGCUGAGAUCGGCCGUCGCAUUAAAGACCUGGGGGCUGAGAUGGUGAAAGUCGAUGAUGGAGCUGGUGUCAUAAGGGCCCAUACAGUGGCAAAACAGACGUGACCAUUACUGUAUCCGAUGAGGACUUCAUGGAGGUAGUGCAGGGGAAGCUCAACCCACAGAAGGUACUGACAUCUUCUUCCCAAGAUAGAAUGUAGUUACAAAGCCUUUUCAUGCCUGGCAACAUCCAUAAACACACUUUAGAAAGUUGCAAGACAAGAGUCGGCAGAGAACUGCCAAUGUGUAGCUUCACACUUAAAAGCUUUUUAAACAAGUACAUCCUGAUAAGAGUGGGUUGGCAGGAAUGAGCUACAUUUAGCCUUCCAUUGCUUUGUGAAUUUAGAUCCAGGAAGUCCUGGAUUUAAGAGCACCUUAGCUCAUGAACAUAUUAGCUUGUAAGAGCUUAGAGAUUUUUUUUCAUACAUAAUACCUGAGACGUUAGUUUUUCCAGGCGUUCUUUGCAGGCAAGAUGAAAGUGCGAGGGAACAUCAUGCUGAGCCAGAAGCUGGAGGUGAUCCUCAAAGACUAUGCUAAACUGUGA